CUCACAAGUGAGAGAGGCAAGAGCAUCACUCCAGCAUAUGCAAUGCUGGGGAUUGAACCUGGGACCUCAUGCCUGCCAGUCCAGCACUCUACCUAUGUGCCAUCUCCCAAGCUGUAUGUUUAGGUUUUUAAUAACCUCCUGAGGCGAUAGUGUUGUGCACAGAGCACCAGUGUGUGCAUCUGGAGUACACAAAGGUGUAUAGGAUGCAUGCAUCACUGGUCCCUGUCCCCACAAAAGCUUACAAAUAUGAAAGCACUGGAAGGAAGAGAAACAUGAACUUGGACAUGAAAUUAGUAAGGGUUAAUAUGUGAUUUCCACAUCCUAUUUAAGCCUACAAAUUGCUGGAUGACUCACCAACCUGGCCAGAGCUGGGUCCCAGAAAGUAAGGACUGCUUUAAAGCAGUCUAGUUCCAGGAGCCAUUUGGUGGUGCACCUGGUUGAGCAAGCAUGUUAUCAUGUGCAAGGAUCUGGGUUAAAGCCCCCUGUCCGGACUUGGGGUGUGUGUGUGUUAUGCAGGGCUGCAGGUGUCUCUCUCCUUCCCUCUCAAUUUUUGUCUCUAUCUAAUAAAUAAAAAUAUUUUAAAGUCUAGUUUCUCCUGCAGGAGUGAGCUAUACUCAGCUGAGUUCAUAAACUGCUGUAGUUCAUAAUCCCAGGCCCCAAGGGAGGACUCAAGACCUUGGCUUCUGUAAGGUUGUUGCUAUCCCCAAAUUGGAGUUUAUCAGCAAAUUUGCCUUGGAGGAGAAAAAAGAAAAAACACUAAUUCAGAGGUUAGAGUAGUCUCAGAGUUGCUAGAGUCGUCGUUUCUCUAUUCCUAGUGUCUAGUCUUUUAGUGAGAGGAGAAUGACCCACAAGCCUCCAAGCUCGCCAAAUGAGAACCAGAAGGGUAUCCUCUCUUUUCUAAGGCUGGGUAUAAACCUGAGCCAAAUCUGACAGUGAGAUGGAGGAGGCUGACCUUCAAAGGAUGCAGACCGGAGGGGAGGAAUCAUGUUACACGCCCUUGAACUCCUGCUCCUCCCCCCCCCCCCACCCCAGCUUCCUCAGAAUGGAGUCGGGAAUUCCAUUCACAAAAUGGAGACUUGAAUGAGCCCACCCUCCCACCUCCUCUUGGAGGUGUCAGAUUACACCAUCUCAUUUACAGGAGGGAGUGGAUGAGGCUGGAACUUUAACUGGUGACUUCACACAAGUGCCAAGUGCCUCCUGGUGGAGUGGGGAGGUGUCCUGUGGGAGGGGAUAAAAUGGAAGAACGCUCUGCUGUCAGACCUGGGGAAAAAGUUCCCCUAUGCCACUGCCUUUUCCCCUGAUGCAUGUCAUCUCUCUUUCUCUCUCUCUCUCUUCCACGCAUACGCAUGCGCAUACGCAUGCGCACACAUGGCUGGGAACCUGACCUGCUGACCGGACCUUAAAUCUAUUCCAAGGGAGUUUUAGGCAUGAACACUGAGCCCUUUCCCCGGAGGUUCAUCUCUGCCGCCUCCCCCUAAACUCACAGGAAACAGCUGUUCCCUGGAAUCUUGGACCUGUGAAGCAGCUCUGCCCAGCCCCAGCUGCUGCCAUCCAUGCCCUCUGGCCUAGCUCUCAAGUUAAUGAGUCUGAGCUUUGUACUCCUGUGGGUGAACUUCCCCUGAGCUUUGGUGAUAUGCAGGCAGCUAGGGAAGAACAGGAAGGCUGGCUGGUCAGAGAAGCUCUUGAGUGUAUGUCCCUGGGUGUGCUUCCAUGUACCUCCACUCAGAGGGCUUCUCUGGGCCCUCUCCAGCUGACGGGACCAUGGGUUAUGGUUAUGAGAAACCUUUGCGUCCAUUCCCAGAUGAUGUCUGUGUCGUCCCUGAGAAAUUUGAAGGAGAAAUCAAGCAGGAAGGGAUUGGAGCAUUUCGAGAGGGACCGCCCUACCAGCGCCGGGGCGCCUUGCAAUUGUGGCAGUUUCUGGUGGCCUUGCUGGAUGACCCAACAAAUGCCCACUUCAUUGCCUGGACAGGCCGGGGAAUGGAGUUCAAACUAAUUGAGCCUGAGGAGGUUGCUAGACUCUGGGGCAUUCAGAAGAACCGGCCAGCCAUGAAUUAUGACAAGCUGAGUCGCUCCCUCCGAUACUACUAUGAGAAAGGCAUUAUGCAGAAGGUGGCUGGCGAGCGUUACGUGUACAAGUUUGUGUGCGAGCCCGAGGCCCUCUUCUCCCUGGCCUUCCCAGACAAUCAGCGUCCAGCUCUCAAGGCCGAGUUUGACCGGCCAGUCAGUGAGGAGGACACAGUCCCUUUGUCCCACUUGGACGAGAGCCCUGCCUACCUCCCAGAGCUGGCUGGUCCUACCCAGCCCUUUGGCCCCAAGGGUGGUUUCUCCUAUUAGUCUUGAACAGCUGCCCUCUUCUAUCCAUGGGUGCUGCCCUGUGUACAUAUAGAUUCUGAAACCCACAGGUGUCUCUGGAGUAGACCCCCACUGCCCUCACCAAUCACCCUGGUCUAGACUCUGAGCUGCUAACCAGAGUUGCUGGGAAGGAAAAGUGGGCGUACUACAAGUGCAAAGAAGAGUCUAGAAAACUUGGGGAGGUUGCCUCUGGUCUCCUUUUAUGUUCUGCUUGGAGAUCCUGGGCCAACUCCUUCUACCCCAUCACAGAGAACACAAGUUCUGUUCUGGAAGGGACAAAGGCGCUUCCCCACUAGUCCUGGCAGAGGGCUCACUCCACUCAGUCCAGGCCCACUCAGCUCCGCAGAUCUCCCACUGUGUGGAGAUGAGCCUGGACACUGUACUGCACUCCAAGCUGUGACCCUGAAGGGUCUCAUCUGUUGAUUCUUGGUGCUGUGUUCCCAGAGGCAGGGAGAGUUUGAGUAAGGAACCUGGAAUGAGUGAGGUGGGAUACCAGGUGGAGGCAGGAAGGGCUGAGCUUUUGCUCCUAGGCCCUUAGUCUCUCCUCUACCUUGCCUAGGCCCAGGCCUGGGAUUUCAUCUCCCCCUCCACUAUGUCUUCCAGACUCUAAUAAAGGCCCCUGCUUCUCCUGCU